AUGGAGAAUCCAAAUCAAAGUAAGGAAAAGGAAGAGAAAGGAAGAGAAGAAAUUCGAUAUAGGGGAGUGAGGAGAAGGCCAUGGGGAAAAUAUGCAGCUGAAAUUCGGGACCCUUCAAGGCGUGGUGCACGGUUAUGGCUAGGCACAUUUGAUACGGCGGAGGAGGCUGCUCGAGCUUAUGAUCGCGCAGCGUUUAGCAUGAGAGGCCAUAUGGCUAUCUUGAACUUCCCCAAUGAGUAUUAUCCUCAAGUGAUGGGGGGAUCAUCUCCUUAUCCAUCUUCUUCUGCUAAUGCUGGUAAGAGCUUUGAGCAAGGAAGUUCAUCAUCAAGUGGACAAGAAAAGCAGGUUUUUGAGUUUGAGUAUUUGGAUGACAAGGUGUUGGAUGAACUUCUUGAAACUGAAGAGGAGAAGAAGAAAAGAAUGCAAGAUUCAUAAUUCUUAAUAAUGUUCAAUGCACUCUGGUUGGUUGAAAUUUCUUUCUAUGCCUCCUUUUCUUUACAGUAGACUACAAGUAUG